AUGCAGCAGUGGCCAGCGAAUAGGCCCCGAUGCUUAGGGGUUACAGAUGCAGCCGUGGAACCCGCUCUGCUGCUAAACUACGGCGAGUACGACUCUUUCGAGCGCAGUCCGACCGUGUGGGAAGAUGCUCCCCCGGUGACGGGUUCCUGCAUGUACACCAGCACCAUAAGUCGUGCCGUAGUGCCGCCGUCGUGCCAACACCAGAAUUAUUACGACACCCUGGCCGCUCCAGCGGCAUCUUACGUGAGCUCUGCCUCGUCUAUUCAGCUGAAAUACCCGGCCCAUACCGCCACGGUUUCCAGCACUUUUACGGAUGCCCUCUUGGCUGACGACCAGCAAGACAGCGAGGUUCUGCAAUCUCCGGAUGCAGUAUCUUACCACACUUCUCCCCUGAUGGACGACGGCUCACACGUUGAACACUCAGUGUCCACAUCCUUGAAGCCUGGUGGUUCACGGCCCAAGCGUCGCCCUUACUCCAAGCUACAGCUGUUGCAUCUCGAGCAGGAGUUCCAGCGAAGCAUGUACCCGUGCCGAGAAAGACGCGCCUGGCUGUCACAGGUCCUGAGCCUCACGGAACGCCAGGUGAAGAUCUGGUUCCAAAAUCGCCGAACAAAGCUGAAGCGCACCACGGAACGGGAACAGCGCGAGAACGCCCAGAUGCAACGCGACAUGGCAAACCUGGCCAUGAGGUUCUACGAUCCCGCACAGUAA